CUUUCUGGGCAUAGAAAUUUUUGACAUUCACGGCCUCGCUCAAGCCUCGCUCAUUUUCAGUAUCAAUGCGGCAUCAGCUGUGCGUCGUUUGCCGCCGUUUCGAGUCGUGUGUUUAUUUUUCAUCGCAAUGUCUCAACAAGGGCCGGUUUUUGAUGUCAACGCCAUGACCCUAACCCGAUGGGUUUUGGCUCAACAACGAACGGCACCAUCAGCAACCGGAGAUUUGACACAACUGUUGAACAGUAUACAAACAGCUGUCAAGGCCAUACAAUCUGCCGUGAGGAAAGCCGGUAUAGCGAAACUACAUGGCAUAUCUGGCGAAACGAACGUGCAAGGAGAAGAAGUUAAAAAACUGGAUGUGUUAUCAAAUGAUCUAUUUAUUAAUAUGUUAAAAUCAUCGUUCACAACUUGUCUCCUCGUUUCUGAAGAAAACCCGACUGCGUUGCAGGUGGAGACCGAAAGACGUGGAAAAUAUGUCGUCUGCUUCGAUCCCCUCGACGGUUCAUCGAACAUCGACUGCUUGGUAUCGGUCGGCUCUAUAUUUUCUAUUUACAAAAAAUCAACUGACGGUGAACCGACAGAAUCAGACGCUUUAAGGCCCGGAAACCAAUUGGUUGCCGCUGGUUAUGCCCUGUAUGGCUCCGCAACCAUGAUGGUUCUCUCCAUAGGGAAGGGCAAGGGGGUCAACGGUUUCAUGUACGAUCCUUCCAUCGGAGAGUUUAUUCUAACAGACCCUAACAUGAAGAUUCCAGAAAAGGGCAAGAUUUACUCUAUAAAUGAAGGUUAUGCAGCAGAAUGGUCAGAAGGUUUGAAGAAUUACAUUGAAGAGAAGAAACGUCCGAAGACAGGCAAGGCGUAUGGCGCGCGAUAUGUCGGCUCUAUGGUCGCCGACGUGCACAGAACUAUUAAAUAUGGCGGCAUCUUCAUGUACCCCGCUACGACUUCCGCGCCAAAAGGAAAGCUCCGUCUGCUAUACGAGUGCAACCCCAUGGCUUUCCUCGUGACUGAAGCAGGAGGACUCGCGUCUAACGGCUCAAAGUCAAUCUUGGAUAUCGAACCCACUUCCAUUCAUGAACGAUCACCUUGCUACCUCGGUUCAAAACUCGACGUGGAGGAAUUAUUGAAGUUCCUUAAUUAAUACAUACUUUUAAUACUUGAUUUUGAAUUAUAUUAAAGCUGUUUGCAGUUGAACUCAA